GGAGCCACCUCAUUUCAACUCAGCUGGAUAAACCCAGGAGACCAUUUAUUUGGGUACACGAAAAGGCACUGUAUGCUGACGGGACAUCUGAGACAACCAACUGGAGCUAUGGGCAGGAAACAACGAACUCCCUCUGGACUCCACAAGCACUGUGAGAAAUGUUUCAACCGGUACUGCCAAGUUCCUGUUGAGCCUACAGUCUCUUGUGUAGUGAUCAGCUGCCGGUCUCGUUGCGGUGCUGCUUUUCAUGUGUGUAAAGAGGAUGAGCAUCAACUUCUGUGUCCCCUCGAACAAGUCUCAUGCGUCAACUCUGUUUAUGGCUGCCCUUUUACCAUGGCCCGUUUUAAAGUGGCAAAACAUCUCCAAGUCUGCCCUGCUAGUAUAGUUUCCUGUUCAAUGGAAUGGAAUCGUUGGCCAAAUGUGGAUUCUGAAGCCGUUCUGUGUCAGAACAUUAUGAAAGAGGAACUCAGUGAAGGGUGCCUGGAUGUGGCUCUAGCCUUGAGAGAUCAGAACAUUCUCUUUGAGUCGCUGAAAAUGGCUGAAUUUUUCCCAGAAUGCAGGGAGGCUUGCCCCAUGGAGGAAGAAGCACCUGAUGAUGUUGAGUACCACCCAGGAGAAGGAGCUGCUGGAAGUGGAGCUGGCCAAUCUGAAGCAAAUGAGGCUCAAGCAGCUGAGCUCAGCCAGCAAGAGCGUGAGAAUUUGGCAAAGGGCAAAGAAGGCAUAGAUUUAGUUGGUUACAAAGCUUGGGAAAACAUGUUUAGCAAGGAAUUUGAAGCAUGCAAAGUAACAGGCCUAUUGGCUGACAAUAAGAAAAGUGAAAAUGAGAGGAAGUGUCUGAAUACAGGACAGGCUUCUGGUGGCAAUGUGGAAGAAAAGCCACCAGAAACCACUAGUAGGGUAGGUGACACUGAAGAAACCCAAGCCCUUCCUCCUGUGAAUUUAGCAGCUGAAAAGACAGGCUUGGCUCCUUGGCAAGAUGGAGUAUUGGAGAAGCUGAAAGCGGAGGUUCCGAUAGCAGAUUAUAAUAUGUAUCUGGUGCAUCAUGGAAGGAUGCUCAUUCAUUUUGGUCAGUUGGCAGCUUGCACUCCCAGAGAGAAAGACUUUGUAUAUGGAAACCUGGAAGCUCAGGAAGUGAAGACUGUAAGUACCUUCAGACCACCAGUCAGCUAUUAUGGCAAACGGGCAUGCCUUGGGGAUCCUGUGGCACACAAGAAGCCAGAUAAGAGCAUAUCUGUGGAUACUUCAGAGUUAGGAAUAAAUCUGGAGGAUCUUCCUAAAUCCAAUGCCAUCAAAACUACCCUGCUGUGUGCUCUGGAGAAGGAACUAAAAGGGCAUGAGAUCUCUGAAUCAAAGAGUACUGAUGCUCUCUAUAUAGAUUUUGGAACACAGACGUACAACUUUGCCAUGGAGCCUUUCUCUUCCACAGAUGUUCUAGCAGACAUUCUAGAUGCAAAAGACCUACCAAACCUCUACUUGCAGCUUUGCAGUGAGAGUGUAACCCAAAGGCACAACAAAAGCAACUCUGCUUUCACGUUCUCUUGCAACCAUGUUUUCAGAAGAGAUGAGUUUCCUUCUCAUUUCAGGAAUGUUCACACUGAUAUCCAGUCCUGCCUAAAUGAAUGGUUCCAGCGUCGCUGUCCACUUGCUUACCUGGGGUGCACUUUUGUUCAAUAUCCCUGGCGCCCUUCUGGGGAAAAGUCAAAUGUUAUCUACAGCCAGCAUCUCAAGACAUUUGCUCUUAAGCCAGAUGUUGACCCGUUGCUUUCAGAAGCAAAGAAAUACAACUUGAGCAGAAAUCACAGAGGAAAAGAAAGGGAUGCUCUGAGCAGCCUUCCCUUGGAAAUCCUAAAGUACAUUGCUGGGUUUUUAGAUAGCUGCAGCUUGUCUCAGUUGGCUCAGGUGUCAGUACAGAUGAGGGACAUUUGUGCCACUCUGCUAAAAGAGAGAGGAAUGGUUUUUCUACAGUGGGAAAAGAAGAGAUAUUCUCAUGGAGGCACUUCUUGGAGAGUCCGCAGAAAGAUCUGGAAAUUUAGCAGCCUGUUCUCCACGGUUAACAGUUGGCAGUUCAGUGACAUCCCUUCGAUGGCUGUACAUUUAAAGACCUGCCCUUUCUAUGAGGUGGAGCAGAAGAAGGACCCUGUUUUGCUGACUAGCAUGUUUUCACAUCAAGAGCCGAUACAAGAGAGUUUGUUCUCUGCAUUCAGACAUGGUCCUGGUCCAAAGAAACAUCAGAGAAGGCUGCAUUGAAUUUGAGAGGGAGACUUUUUUUUUAUCUGGAAAAACGCAUCAGAACUUUCGCAGUUUUCUCUGAAGUGGAGUUUUAGGCUGGAAGCCCUAAACUAGUGGCCCUAAAAAAAACCUGAGGGUGCAAUCCAGAAUUGUUCAAAUCAGUAGAAACUUUACUCCUAACAUCAACAGAAGGGUAAUAUUUAAAAACAACUCAAUAUAUAUUUUUUAUUUCAACUCAACAUAUUUUUAAAUUUCAAUCAGCUUUUUAUCAAUUGUUGGGUCUUACCACUCAUUUUAAAGAGUAAAAGAUGGAUUUUAAGUUAAUGAUGUUUAUAUAUUGCCUUGUGAGGGCAAUUGCACUGAAAGGUGUCUAAUCUAAAAAUAUAUUUUUGUAAACUGUCACAUGUGGGGGUGAGACACAGUGGUAGGAUGGCAGGCAAGUGAGGCGAAGGAGUAAAGGCAGGAAGGAUGAGAAGCAAGCAGGAAGGCAGGUGAGUGAGCGGGCAGCAGCGACAACACUGGAGGCAGGUAAGUAGUUGAGGCGGAGUGAUGGCAGCAGCCUCAGCAGGCAGGAGGAUGGUAAGCUGUCUAAACGGGGUGGUGGCAACAAGUGCCUGGUGUGCUGUUUGGAGAGUUGCCUGGCGAGGGGGGGGGACAUUUUGUGAGUUGCUGGAGGGGCAGUUUUGGGACUUGUCUGUUAUGUCUGUGUGUGUUUGGCAGUCCCUGGUAUGUCUGUGUGUUUACAUGAGUGUGUUCGGGAGGCCCUAUGUGUGUAUGUGUGUGGGCUUGGAGCACAAAGUGCAAAGGGGCUUGAGUGGUCCCUUAGGCACCAGCCUGCCCCGGGCCUGCAACACCAUAGCCCAACACCCCCCUCCCCGAUUAGGGUUGCCAGGUCAGAAUCAACCCAAACCCUGAGAUUUCAGAGCCCUAGUGAUGUCAUAGGGUGAGGCCCUAGUGAUGUCACAGGUUGGGCCCUAGUGAUGUCAUUAAGCAUGAAACAUUAAACAUCAACCACAGUUGCUUGGAGCAUACCACUCAAACAAACAAAAAUCUUGGAUUGGAAAUUAAGAUUAGCUAAAUGAGGGUGUCCUCAGGUCCAGCUGAAGUGAUGGGAUCAUCCCUUCUCACCUGCUUAGAGAGACCGGGUAAGAAACAUUUAAUCUAGCCUACUUGCUUCUUGAAAGAAGGGUUUAAGUGCCCUCAGGCCAGUCACCAGAAGGCCGCUGUAGGAGGAAGGAACCCGAGUGUUGUGGAGAUGUUAGAUGGGAGCACUCAGGAGUAAAGAUGGAUGCCCAUGGAGGCUGCAACUCUAAGCGCAUUUAUUACGGGACUAAACCCCAUAGGACUUACAUCUGAGUAGAUAUGGUUAGGAUUGUGCUGCUCAUAAGGCUUAAUUAGGGAUUCUCUGCAAAGAUACCCAUAUCAAAGCCUUUUAAUGUGGCUGCUUCAAACUUGCUUGCAGACUUGACCCUUUACUGCAGAGAGAAGUUUGAGAAAUGAGUAAGAGUUAGGAAGAUUCUCUACCCUUUUCUGCCUACCCUGUAGGCUGCCAUGGGCUUCUAUAAAUUCACUUUGACAGCCAACCAAAUUCCAGUGAGUAAUAAAUGACAGAGAAAAUGCACGUGGUUUGGCCUACUCUCAAGGGCAGUUGCACACUUCCCAGUAUGUGAAUUCUCUUUUACCACUAUUGGACAAGAAACAAACUGCCAUGCAACAAACAAGGUGCAUCAUCAGUGGGUAUAAGGGGGUUGAGCUAAGCGCAUAGAACCACUGUUGUUGCUUCUAUGGAUAUAAGGGAGUGAUGUCAGAGGUAAAUGAAAUGCAGAUAGAGAAAGAAAAGCAAAAGGCAGUGAUGAUUUCCUAAAUGCAAUACCAUACCAACCACAACAGGAUUCCUUUGAGUAAGGCAGAAAACUCAGCAUCCCACAACCAGUCAAGUUUCCUAUCCAAAACUAAAAAAAUCCUGGCAGCCGGUCAACCAAGGUUACAGAAAUCCCCAUGCAGCACCACUUGAUUCAAGGGCUACAGUUAGUGCAGAAUGCUGUGGCGUGAUUCCUGACAUAAGACCCUGUCAGCACGUAAUACCUCUGCUCUGAAAUCUGUACUGGUUGCCAAUAUGAUACCAGGCCAAGUUCAAUGUGUGCUUUCCAUGUUACAAGUGCCACAUAGUACUUGUUCUGCUCUUGUAAGAAAUCAAUCCUUCGGUGUGGCUGUACCUACACGUUGGAACUCCCUGCCUAUUGACAUUAGGCAGACACUUUCAUUGUACUCUUUUUGGCACCUGCUAAAAACAUUUUUGUUUAGGCAAGCCUACCCAGGCAGGUAGAAGCUAUUGUGUUUUUUUAUCUGUUUUUAACUCAUUGUUCUGCUCUUGUAAGAAAUCAGUCCUGUAAGGUGGCAGCACCUACACUUUGGAACACCUUGCCUAUUGACAUUAGGCAGACGCCUCUUUUCAGCACCUGCUAAAAUCAUUUUUGUUUAGGCAAGUCUAUCCAGCCAUGUAGAAGCUAUUGUGUUUUUAAAUCUGUUUUUAACUCAUUGUUGGUUUUAUUACUUUGAAUGUUUAAGAAUACCUGUCUAACUGCUUUUGCCAAUAAUUGCAUUGUUUUAAUUCCUUCUGUAAAUCGCUUUGAUUUUUUUUUUUUUACAAUAAAGAGCUAUAUGAAUGUAAUAAAUAAAAUAUAUAAAUAAAUUUCA